AUGUCAGAUAUUAAUGAGCCAGGUCAGAACAGCCAACAGGCAACUAAGAAAACCGUUCUGGUAGUCGCCAACGACGAUGGAUCGGUGGUAAUAACCAGCGCCAAUGGUAAAGUCAAACAUCGUAAAGGUCAAUCCGAAGAAGCCUUCCAAGAACAGCUACGAGACUUUUGGAGUGCCGGCCCGAAGAUCAAUGAACAUGGUUGGUUGACUGAAUCAUACAAUGCAGAAAUGAUCCAGUAUCAACAACUAAGGUCCCAAGGGUUGUCAAAUUUAGAUAUAAGAGAUAAGUUGACGGUGUUUGACGUUCGGGAAAAAUCUCGGAAGAAUCAAUUAAUCAAUACCGCAGAAAACCACUAUUAUCAUAGAAAGUAUGCUAAUGCAAUGGAAGUAUGUGAUCUUAUUAUAGAAUUGUUUGAUGUGUUUGAUGUGGUGAAGAAAAAUAAACGAGAGAUUGAAGAAGUCAAUAACAUCAAGAGCCAUUGCCGAAAAAAAUUGGACAGUCAAUAA